AAACAACAAUUUAAUAAAAAAGAAGAAAACAAAACAAAUCUCUAAGAAAACGGAGGAAAAUAAAGGAGGAAGAAACAAAGGCAUAAAAGGGAAUCCCAAACAUGCCCUUAUCCUCCUACCUUGGCAGCAACCGCCGUGGCGGAGGAUGGACACAGGCGUUGCUUCCGACUUCAUCAUCAGUCACCGUGAAAUCACCCCCCAAAGCCCAUCAACCUCGAAAGCCACGCAAACGGACGGCUCUCCUUAACUUCCUCUUCACCAACUUCUUCACCAUUGCGCUUUCCGUUUCGCUUCUCUUCUUCCUUUUAACCCUUUUCCUCUUCGGAAUCCCCAAACCCAUUUCCUCACACUUCAAGCCCCGAUCCCUGUCCAGAAGGCUCUCCUCCCGGAGGCCUGUCACCCGGAAAAAACCCGGUUCCAAUCCCUACCAGAACGGUGCCGCUGUCGACAUAACAACUAAACAAUUGUAUGAUAAAAUUGAGUUUUUGAACAAGCCUGGAGGGGCUUGGACACAAGGGUGGAAAGUUUCUUAUAAAGGGGACGAAUGGGAUAGUGAAAAGUUGAAGGUUGUUGUGGUGCCCCAUUCUCAUAAUGAUCCGGGGUGGAAGUUCACUGUGGAAGAGUAUUAUGAGAAGCAAACAAGGCAUAUACUUGAUACCAUUGUUGAAACUUUAUCAAAGGAUAGUCGACGGAAGUUCAUAUGGGAAGAGAUGUCUUAUUUGGAAAGGUGGUGGAGAGAUGCCUCAGAUGAUAAAAGGGAGUCUUUCACAAAUUUGGUGAGGAAUGGUCAGUUAGAAAUAGUAGGAGGUGGCUGGGUGAUGAAUGAUGAGGCCAAUUCACAUUACUUUGCUAUAAUCGAGCAGAUAACUGAGGGAAAUAUGUGGCUGAAUGACACGAUUGGUUUUAUUCCAAAGAAUUCUUGGGCAAUAGAUCCCUUUGGUUACUCACCUACCAUGGCUUAUCUUCUCCGUCGAAUGGGCUUCGAGAAUAUGCUUAUUCAACGAACCCAUUAUGAGCUGAAGAAGGAACUUGCUUGGAAUAAAAAUUUGGAAUACAUCUGGCGUCAAAGCUGGGAUGCUGACGAAACUACUGACAUAUUUGUGCACAUGAUGCCAUUUUAUUCAUAUGAUAUUCCUCAUACUUGUGGACCAGAGCCUGCUGUUUGUUGCCAGUUUGAUUUUGCUCGUGUUCAUGGCUUUUUUUAUGGACGGUGCCCAUGGGAAUACCAUCCUAUAGAGAUUGACCAGGAAAACGUGAAGGAGAGGGCACUAACGCUACUAGAUCAAUAUAGGAAGAAGUCAACCCUUUACCGGACAAAUACACUUCUUGUACCUCUAGGAGAUGAUUUCCGCUAUGUCAGCAUUGAUGAAGCCGAAGUGCAGUUUAGAAAUUAUCAAAUGAUAUUUGAUUACAUCAACUCUAAUCCCAGCUUAAAUGCUGAAGCAAAAUUCGGUACUUUGGAUGACUAUUUCCAGACCCUUAAGGACGAGGCUGACAGAAUAAAUUAUUCCCUUCCUAGAGAAAUUGGCUCGGGUCAGGUUGUAGGUUUUCCUUCAUUAUCAGGUGACUUCUUUACUUAUGCCGAUAGGGAGCAGGAUUAUUGGAGUGGCUAUUACGUAUCAAGACCUUUCUUCAAAGCUGUUGAUCGAGUACUAGAGCAAACACUUCAUGCAUCAGAAAUGUUGAUGGCAUUUUUAUUUGGUUAUUGCCAGAGAAUACAAUGCGAAAAGCUGCCAACAGGGUAUGCUUAUAAGUUGACAGCUGCGAGGAGGAAUUUAGCUCUUUUCCAGCAUCAUGAUGGGGUGACUGGAACUGCCGAGAAUCAUGUUGUUCUCGAUUAUGGAACACGGAUGCACACUUCUUUACAGGACCUGCAGAUUUUCAUGUCUAAAGCAAUUGAAGUAUUGCUUGGGCUUCGCCAAGAGAAGUCAGAUCAGAACCCUGCCCAGUUUGAUCCCGUACAGGUGAGAUCUAAAUACGAUGCUCUGCCAGUGCAUAGAGCAAUCAGUGCUCGGGAAGGAACCGUACAAUCAGUUGUACUCUUUAAUCCACUGGAGCGAGCAAGAGAAGAGGUUGUGAUGCUAGUUGUUAAUAGACCCGAAGUUACUAUUUUGGACUCGAACUGGACAUGUGUUGAAAGCCAGGUUUCUCCUGAACUGCAGCACGACAAAAACAAGAUUUUUACGGGCAGGCAUCGAGUUCACUGGAAAGCUUCUGUUCCUGCCAUGGGUUUGCAGACAUAUUAUAUUGCCAAUGGCUUUGUCGGAUGUGAAAAAGCUAAACCGGCAAAACUCAAGCUCUUCUCAAAUUUGAGUUCAAUACAGUGCCCUACACCGUAUGAUUGCUCAGAAGUAGAAGGGGAUGUGGUUGAAAUUGAGAAUCAGCAUCAAACUCUCACCUUUGGUGUCAAGCAUGGUUUGUUACAAAAGGUAAUCCAGAAAAAAGGUCUGCAAAAUACCGUGGCUGAAGAGAUAAGCCUUUACUCAAGUACCGGAGGUGCAUACUUAUUUGUACCACAUGGUGAAGCUGUGCCUAUAAGUCAAUCUGGUGGGCAUCUGGUUAUCUCUGAGGGUCCCUUGAUGCAGGAGGUGUACUCUUAUCCGAAGACUGCAUGGGAGAAUACUCCGAUCUCCCAUAGUACUCGUAUUUAUAAUGGAGGAAAUACGAUCCAGGAGUUUCUGAUUGAGAAGGAAUAUCAUGUUGAGCUUCUCGGCAACAGUUUUAUUGACAAAGAAUUAAUUGUUAGAUAUAAGACAGAUAUUGACAACAAAAGAAUUUUCUACACCGACUUGAAUGGCUUUCAGAUGAGUCGGAGAGAAACAUAUCAUAAGAUUCCGUUGCAGGGGAAUUACUACCCCAUGCCUUCUCUCGCUUUCAUGCAGGGGUCCAAUGGCCAUCGGUUUUCUGUCCAUUCUCGGCAGUCACUGGGUGCAGCAAGCUGUAAACAGGGGUGGCUAGAGAUUAUGCUUGACCGUCGUUUGGCAAAAGACGAUGGUCGUGGUCUUGGACAAGGUGUGGUGGACAAUCGUGUUAUGAAUGUUGUUUUCCAUAUCUUGAUCGAAUCCAACAUUUCUUCGACUUCAAAUCCCGUUUCUGACCCGCAGCCUCUGAAUCCAUCUCUUCUCUCGCAUUGUGUUGGUGCUCACUUGAAUCAUCCCUUACACACAUUCAUUGCCAAGAAGCCACAAGACAUUAAUGUGCAGACACACUGGGGGCCCUUUUCUCCAUUAACUACUCCCUUACCUUGUGAUCUUCAUAUCGUGAGUUUUAAAGUCCCCCGACCAGCCAAAUAUUCUCAGCAGCAGGUCGGAGAUCCUAGGUUUGUUUUAAUGUUGCAUAGGCGGAACUGGGAUCCUUCUUACUGCCGGAAGGCCAGAUCUGAGUGCACUAGCGUGGCUGAUGAACCUGUAAAUCUAUUCAACAUGUUCAAGGGUCUUGCGGUACUGAAUGCAAGGCCAACUUCCUUGAAUCUUCUACAUGAGGAUAUGGAGAUGCUAGGGUACACCGAGCAGAUUGGCGAGGUCUCACAAGAAGGCCGUGUAAUUAUUCCUCCCAUGGAAAUACAAACAUACAAGUUAGAAUUGCGGGCAAACCAGUAAAUGCCAGGGGCUGAUUUAAACUGUGUGCUGCUAUCUCAUGUGAUAUCUGACCAAGUCAAGAACCUCGAAGACGGUUCGUAAAGUAAAAGACUUGUCUGAGGUAUGUAACUUAGGAAGAGUAGUGGAAAUGCUAAGAGAUUAGCGUCAUCAAAUUCCCAUAGAAAGAUACCAGGAUAGUUUUCGGUUUUUGUACAAUUAGUAUAUUAUAACUUCAACACUGAGAAAUCUAUGUUUACUAUAUUCUUCCUAGAAACUGAGGUUUGUGGUCUAUAUUAUUUGACCAUAAUCCACUUCAAAUUUUGCUUGUAUAAUCUUCUGUUGUGAAGAUUGAUUCUCAAAACAGCGAGUUUAGCUCCAAAUGCAUAUGAAAGUUGCAGAGAAAGGGCUUUUUUCAAGCGUAGUAUUUUGAGAAUGAUAUUAAAUGCUGGCUGUUAUUUCA